AAAAUACAUUCCACCAUUUACAUUUUUUUUUUUACAUGUUAGUCAUGUGGGUGACUGUAGAACAAUUGCUAUGCCCUUGGGGUAAUGACUGACACCAAUUUACUUGUGUAGUCAAAAUGAGUCACUCUGGCAGAGAACUGAUUAGAGGAACGCUUAAUGUAGUAAGUGGAGACAGAGGGGCGGAGUUAGACUGAGAAACAAAUAUAAAAGGAAAAGACGACAUUUGGUUGGAAGAGUCUGCAGCUGAACUUCAUUGAUGGACUUCCAUGUGAUUUGCUGAAUGAAUGCGGUCCACUAGAACAUGGCUAUGAACUGGAAAUCCUGUCUCACUUUUGUUGUUUCAUUUCUGCUCUUCAAGUUAUUCCACUUAACGGAGUUUGAGACCCCUGUUCCCAGUGAGACGCAGCUUGCCAUCCUGGGGCAACAUAUAGUCCUAGACUGCAGCUUCCCUGUGGACAAACAAUGGGAUCGAACACGUAGCCAGAUUGAAUGGAAGUUAGACAAGGAGGUGGUCCACAGUUUCUACUAUGGUCAGGACCACCUGAACGACCAGAGCAGUCGCUAUGUCAACAGAACCAGCCUGUACCACUCUGAUAUACAGAAGGGGAACGCUUCUCUCAGGCUGGAACGUGCCACCCUGGGAGAUGAGGGAAACUAUACCUGCACUGUGCACACAGAAAUGGGCCCAAAGAGGACAUCUGUAUCCCUUAAAUUAGCAGCGUUCUACUCUGAGCCUCGCCUGAAGUUCUCAACAUCUGCCUGUGGUGUGGAGCUACUCUUGACCAUCGAGGGGUACCCCCGACCCUCAGUGCAGUGGCUGACUGUCAGUGGCGAGGACGUCACUGACGACACAGUCACACACCUCUCCCAGGACACACAGGGCCUAUACACUGUUUCGAGCACAGUAUCCCUGCAAGGAGCGGUCAAUAAGACCCUGACUUUUGUCUUAAAGAACGAGGACCUGGGACAGGAGAUCAGGAGAAACAUCACACUUCUCUCAGGAAAUAGUGUUGACGUGUCACCUGGGGUUUACCAAGAGAGAUGGUGGUUUGUUAUUACUAUCCUGGCUGUGAUUCUGAAAUACUUUUUGUGUAACUAAGGGGGGUUGGUCUUGGUAACCAUUUGUUGUUUUGCUUCUUGGACUAAUUUGUAAUGAUGCACAAUGCCACUAAGAAAAUGUAAUAAACUGUACAGAAUGCAUCUGUAAAUAUUUAAGUUUGCUAUGCUGCAUUUCCAAUUAUUAUGUAGGUCUAUGUACUGUAUAUUACAGGCAUAUGUCCUAACAUCGGUUAUAAUAUAUAUAAAUUCAUUAAUGUUGCCUCAAUCUCUGGCCUCACCCUACAUGACACAGAAAUGAAGUGUUACUUACAUUGGACAGAUGACAAAACAAGGGUUCAUUAUAACGGCGCCCUCAUACAGAAGUUGUUAGAGCCGGUUAUCCAUAUUGCAUUGAAAACCAAAAACAU